AUGGGCACUGGUAGAGAGGUUGACAGAAACGUAACUCGUGGCAUCGCUAAAGUUGGAAACUGGUCCAGUUCCGAAGUAGAAAUUCUUUACAAUAGUCGCAUCCGAGGCCGUGGUGGUAAUGCGGAUGGGUUCCGCCCCAAUAUCGCAGCGAAUGAGCUCGAAGAGCUGUGA